CCCAGCGUUGGGCCCGCUCCUGCCCCAGAUGAAUGUGUUCGGUCGCCAGCUGGGAGUGUCUCCAGGGGUCAUGGGGCUGGUCACCGCUGUUCUGCCGCUGCUGUGGGCAGCUGCUAAACCGCUGUUUGGAUACGUGGUCGAUUACUGGCCGGCCCACAGAAAACUAGUCUUCAUGCUUCUAAUAACAAUCAUGACGGGCUCGUACUGUUGUCUAUGGUUUUUACCCAUGCCCGAGCCUCCUGACGCUGAACCGCCCAUCUUAGAAUACGUAUACACCCUAAACGACACUAUAUACCUCAAAAAAUAUACACACGACACAUUUUUAGACAAGUAUAGCUGCCAUUGGAACUGUUCUACCACGAGCAAUUUUGCUGCGUACCUGUCGAAUUCGACGUACAUAAACACGUUAUACGUCGACGAUACAGUGAGAAAUGACUCGUGCUCGCUCUUCCAUAUGGAGUUUGACGAUGUGAGACAGGGAGAGGUGACGUGCGUGCCGAAAAUCGACUGCAAUCUUCUAUGCUUUGAAGAGGAUAUGACCGUGAAUCGGAGUCGAAGGGAUGUGUCGAAUUUUUCAGAUGAACAUCUAGUGGUGGAUUACACCAAAGACGGUUUGGGGGCGAAGGAUAUAUACGCUAAAACCAAGGUGGCUCAUAGGACAGUUGAGGAGAAGAGUAACGAUGGGAGUUUUUACAUGACAGCGUCUUUCUGGGCGUUUGUAGUGUUGAUGUGUUUGGGCACAGUCGCGUUCAAUGUUGCGAAUUGUAUUGGAGACGCUGUGUGCUUUGAUGUUUUGGGACCUGAACGCAGCUCAAAAUACGGAGCGCAAAGGGCAUGGGGUACCGCAGGAUACGGAAUUACAGCGUUACUAGGGGGCUGGCUGGUGGACUCGGUAUCUUCUGGGGAGUACAAGGACUUUACUCCGGCGUUCGUGGUCGCCAUAGCUGCUACAGCAGUGGACCUAUACAGCUGUAGGGCUCUCACUCUGCCCGCUCUUAGCAGUCCCGAAGACUCGGGCGCGGCAUUACGCCAAGUGCUGAAGAUGCCACGAGUGCUGGUCUUCAUUGUGUUUGCCGUGGUGGCCGGCACCUUCGACUCUUUCAUCAUUUACUAUAUGUUCUGGUUUCUGGAAGAGCUAGCCGAGAAGACGGGUCACAUGGCGCAGAUCAAGCUCAUAGAGGGCGUGGUGGUCGCCGGGCAAAGCUUCGUAGGGGAGCUGCUCUUUUUCUACUUCUCGGGUAAAAUAAUAAAGCGUUGGGGCUACGGGCCGACCAUGUCUUUCUCGCUACUGUGCUACGGGCUGAGAAUGGUGUUCAUAUCGCUCAUACAGCAUCCAUGGCAUUUGGUCUUCAUCGAGUCUAUAAUGCAAGGACCGACCUACGCAUUAUGCUACUCGUGUAUAGUGGGGUACGCGGCGCACGUCGCGCCGGAAGGAUACUCCGCCACUGUACAAGGGAUCGUGGCCGGCAUGGACGAUGGCGUCGGUUUCGCCUUCGGCUCACUGGUGGGCGGGCAGUUAUACAGCCGUAUGGGCGGGCGCGGGUCUUUCCGCGCCCUGUCUGUAGUUGCUAUAGUGGCUUCAGGCAUUCAUGCUGUAUCACAUAUUGUACAGAGGAGCGCUGACAAGAGAGCUGAGGAGCGCUGA